AUGAAUGAUCGUAGAGAUCAUUACCGAAAUUAUUCAUUUGAGUUCCUACGUGAUGGAGAUCUAUUGGCUGCCAUGUUUUGGGCAGAUGAAAGAGAAAAGGCUUUUUAUGCAGAUUUUGGAGAAGUUAUAUCUUUGAUGCAACUUUUAGAACAAACAAUUGACCACCACAAGAAAUCAGUUACUGUUGGUGCUGGGUUGUUGAGUAGAGAGACAAUUGAGUCAUAUGAAUGGUUGCUUAAAGCUUUUCUUAGUGCUCAUGAAGGGAAAGCACCAAAAAUUGUUCUAACUAAUCAAGAUGCAACAAUAAAACAAGCACUGGAAUCUGUCUUACCAAAUUCAAGACACAGACUAUGCAUGUGGCACAUAAUGAAAAAACUACAAGCAAAGGUUACUAGCGAUUUAUUUAAAAACAAAGACUUCAAGAAAAGAUUUAACAAGCUUGUUUGGAACAUGCAUAUCAAACCUGAUGAAUUUGAAAAAAAGUGGGAUUUGAUUAUUAAUGAAUUCAAUCUGGAAGAUAAAAGAUGGUUCAAUGAUAUGUUUGAAUUACAUGACAAAUGGAUACCUGCAUACUUCAGUGACACAAGAAUGUCUAGAUUGAUGAAAACCACUUCAAGAUCAGAAAGCAUGAAUUCCUUCUUUAACACUUACUCUCAAUCUGGAAAUUUACUUUUACAUUUCAUGAUGAACUAUGACACAUCAAUUCAAAAACAAAGAAAUACACAACAAGAGCUUAAUCAUCAAACAAAGAAGGCGAAAGAAAUCUAUAAAGGUUCCUGGUACUGUCAAUACGAACAUCUUGCAACAAAAAAUGGAUGGGAGUUAUACAAAGUGGAACAACUAAACAAAAACAGUGAUCUAAAAACAGAAUUUGAGGUAGAAAUAAAACUUCCAACAAAUGAUGUAAAAUGUACAUGUGAACACUUCAACCGCUUUGGGACUUUGUGCAGACAUGCAUUCAACAUACUCAUGAAACAUGGAAUUAAGGAGAUACAUGAACAGUACAUUGAGAAUCGUUGGAGAAAGGAUGUGAUAUCAAGGCAUUAUAAUUUUGGUAGACAUGUAUAUGAUACAGGAGACAGUGAAAUUAAUAGAUCUGUCAAUCAAGCAUACUACAACUUUGAAGCAUGUUUGGAAUACAAGAAUAGGACAGAUGUUGAAGAGGUAGGAAAGCUUAUGGGCAUAACUAUUACAAAAGAUAUUGACAUCAAUGUUCCAAAUGUUCAAAGCAAUAAAGGAUGUGGAAAGAAAAGUAGAAUCCAAAGUGCAACAGAAAUAGCGUCUAAAAAUUCAAACAAGCAAACAAGAAGAUGCUCAGGAUGUGGAGAAAGGGCUUCUCAUAACUUGUGGACAUGCCCAAUCAAACUUGCAGUAGAACAAUCAUCAAAAGCUACAUAG